AUGGAGCAUAUUCUGCGUAGAUUGGGCAUGAAUUCUUGUUUUUCAGUGGACUCUCAGGGUGCUUCAGGUGGAUUGGCUUUAAUGUGGCAGCAUUAUAUUAAUUUGGAGAUUCUUCACUCUAAUAGGCAUUAUAUGGAUUCCCUGGUUCGGUUGGAUAAUGGAACUGAGUUCCACCUUACAUCUGUUUAUGGUGACCUUUUAAAGAGAAAAGAGAACAGCUUUGGAGUGAGAUUACGCUAUUGGGACAAGGAGAAGGAAGGAGGGAAUCGUCCAACUGCAAGGGACGUCACCCACUUUAGAAAUAUGGUGGAAUCCUGUGAACUUAUUGAUCUCCCCACUCAUGGCCCUCAAUUCACAUGGAGUAAUAAGCGGCAUGGUUGUGCUAACAUUCGCAUUAAACUUGAUAGAGCCCUUGCGAAUCAUGCGUGGAGAAGCACUUUUCCAAAUACUGCUGUGACUAUUCGAGCUACUCUAAAUUCUGACCACUGCCCUUUAAUCAUUGUUACUGAAGGUGGUAAAUUCCAGGGCCAGAGACCAUUAAGAUUUGAAUCAAUUUGGUUUCGACAUCCUGAAUACAAGGAUACAGCAUUGAAGGCAUGGGCACCGGUGGCUGUGACUGAUGAUACUCCCAUUCUUUUUAAGAAAAUGCAUAAGUGUAAGCCAAUUUUCAGGCGCUGGAAUAGAGAAGUAUUCGGCCGUGUGCAGACUAAAAUUCUGAAUUUAAAAGGGGAACUUGAAGAACUUCAAGGUGGACCAGUAUUUGAUGGGUACCAAGUGAAGGAGCAGGAACUCUCUUUAUUGCUGAAUGAGGAAUUGGAAAAAGAAGAGGAGCUUUGGAGGCAAAAGUCGAGGGUUUCAUGGUUGCAGCAAGGCAUUGAUCAAGAGGCUCUCCAUCUUGUCUUAGAGUCCAUCCAACCACAGGUAACUCAAGAAAUGAACUUGGCACUGUGUGCUAUUCCUACACUGCAGGAGGUACAGGCGGCUUUGGAUAAUAUGGCACCACUUAAAGCACCUGGACCGGAUGGAUUACCACCGGCUUUUUUUCAGAAAUUUUGGGAUUUUACCCAUUCUGAUGUGUAUGAUUUUGUUCGCAAUUUCUUCAUUUCUGUUUCACUUCGUUGGGACUGUAAUGAGACCUUUUUAUGUCUUGUUCCUAAGUGCACUAAUCCAGAGACUGCAGAUCAAUACAAGCCUAUUAGUCUUUGUGCGGUGGCUGUUAAGAUUAUUUCUAGAAUUAUGGCGAAUAGGUUGAAGGACGCUUUGGAGAUCCUUAUGUCACCUGUGCAAUCUGCUUUCAUUCCAGGUAGAUCUAUCUCAGAUUAUAUUUUUGUGGCACAUGAGGUCUUUAAUUAUAUUAAUAAAAAGAAGAAGGGUAAGCAUAAGUACUUGGCUCUUAAACUGGAUAUGCGGAAGGCUUAUGAUCGUGUUGAGUGGGAUUUUAUUGAGCAGCUGCUUCUCCGCUUUGGCUUUGCUGACCAUUGGGUGAACUUGGCACUGAGUGGUGUUGUUUCUUCUGCUGAGGUAUCAGGUCUUGUUAGGGGUAUUCGGGUUCAUAUGCGAACGGCCCCUAUCUCACAUCUCCUUUUCGCGGAUGACUGCUUCCUUUUUUCACAGGUGAAAGUGGAUGAGGCUGGAAGGCAUUUCAAUGGAUGGAAGAAUAGGCUUUUAUCUCAUGCAGGGAAGGAGACAUUGUUGAAGUCAGUGGGUUUCUCUCUUGCGAAUUAUGCGGCAUCCCAUUUCAAACUUCCUGCUACGCAUCAUAAUCAGAUUAGGAAAGAGGCAGCCAAGUUCUUUUGGGGAGAUGGGUCUGAUAAGAGUAAGAUCCAAUGGAUUUCAUGGCUAUGCCUAUGCCAAUCCAAGGAACGGGGUGGGUUGGGAUUCUGUGAUCCAUCUUUACAUAAUAAAGCAUUGCUAGCUAAGGUUGCUUGGAAGAUGUGGAAAGAUCUAGGAUCUUACUGGGCCAAAUUUUUAAAGGCCAUUUAUUUUCCAAAUUGUGAGUUCAUGGAGGCGAGGUUGGGGGCAAACCCAUCAUGGGCAUGGAGGAGUAUUAUGGAGGGACAGCAGGUUCUACAGGCUGGUUUGUUAUGGAGAGUUGGUUCAGGAGAAAUGGUUGAUAUCUGGAAUGAUAAUUGGUUACCAACCCAUGUCAAUUUCAAACUGCUGCACCCACUAUUGGAAGACUGUCCUUACAAUCGUGUUUCUCAGUUAAUUGAUUUUGAUAAUAGGAAAUGGAAUGAAUCUAUCAUUGAUCGGUAUGUCCACCCAGAAGAUAGAAAGGACAUUUAUCAACUUCAACUUAGUCUUUUUGCCACAGAGGAUAGACAAGUUUGGGGUCCAUCGAAGGUUGGGACCUUCAGUGUCAAGAGUGCCUAUCAUUUCCUUUGUAAUCAAUGGACGACUGAGGAAUUGGGGAGGGCAUCAUCAUCAACCUCACACUGA